AUGUUGAGGGUAUUGCCGACUAGUUUCAAGUCGAUAUCGACCAGGUCAGCUUUCAGAGCAUGUCAACUUUCCCCCCUAACUGUUUACUGUCCGCUUAAGUCUUCACAAGGUACAGAUAUAAAGAGUCUAGAAGAUUUGACUAAAUUGAAAUCAUUAGAGGGUGUGGACCCUGAACUCAUUAGAAAGUUGAUUAAUGAACGUACCAUCGAGCUGAAUGUUCAGAAUGAAUUAGAAAUGCUCAAAAAUCUAAACAAACAAGAAAAGAUGUCCCAAGAAGUUUCAUUAAAAAGGUUCGUAAGGCCGUUGUGGGUAUUCUUUCUAAUGAGUUCAACUGUUUAUCUGAUAUUACACUAUGUAUGGUGGAAACUAGAGGUUGUAGAAAAGGAAAAGGAGUUGCAAUCUCAUGUCGAGAGUUUAGAAAUGGAAUUGGAUCAAACUUUAAAAUCUCAAAAUCAAAACGUAUCGUCUUCACAGAAUAACGGUAAUAAUAAAACUAAUGAUAAGCCCUGGUACAGAAAAUGGUUUUUUUAA